AUGACCAUCACCAACGUCGCUCUCAUCGGCGGCACUGGCACGCUCGGCGCGCCCGUCCUCAACGCGCUAAAAUCCUCCGAGUUCGACAUCUUCGUGCUCAACCGCCAAACAUCUAAGUCCGUCUACCCAAAGACCAAAGUCAUCACGGUACCCGAUGAUUUGAAUGUUGAGGAGGUCGCCGAUGCGUUGCGAAAUAACAACAUUGACGCGCUAGUUAUCACUAUCGCUGGAAGCCAUGUCGAAUCGCAGAAGAAGCUCAUCGACGCCGCGUUCAAGGGCGGCGUGAAGCGCGUGAUGCCGGCAGAGUUUGGAAGCUGCGACUCUGCAGACGACAAGACGAAUGAGAUUUUGCCGUUGAUGAAGGGGAAGAAGGACGUUCGGGACUACCUGCUCACGUUGGAAGGCAAGGAGCGCGAAGGUGGCAUGGGAAAACUUACAUGGACAAGUCUUGUCACAGGCCACUUCUUCGACUGGGGAAUGACCUGCGGGCUAUUGAAGUUCGACGUUAAGGCCCGUAAAGCUUUCAUCCUCGACGGCGGCAACAUCAAGUUCUCUGCGUCGAACCUUGACUUCAUCGGCAAGGCUGUCAUCAAGAUCUUGGAGAAGCCAGAUGAGACCGCGAAUCGACUUCUCUACGUUCACAGCCACCAUGUUACGCAACUCGAGGUUCUUGCUGCGCUGGAGAAGGCGACAGGCGAGAAGUUUGAGAGGAUUGAUCAGAAUAGCCAAGAAGAAUUGGACGUUGUUAGACCGAAGAUGCUAGAUGGCGAUGGAGAAGCGAGAGAAGAAGUGGUUGCAGUAUGGGGGGUGGUUGCUGCGGAUUGGAAGGAGAAGGAAGGUUUCGCGAACAAAACGCUUGGGCUGCAAGAGGAAGAUCUCGAUCAAGUCGUACGCAGGGUUCUGUCGGACCUUUGA